AUGUCCACAAUCCUCGUUACAGGAGCCACUGGCAAACAAGGCGGCUCACUGAUCAAGAACCUUCUCAGCAAGAAUGCGCCCUUCCAGAUACUCGCUGUAACCCGCAAUAUCCAGUCCCCCGCCGCACAAAAGUUGUUACAACAGUCACCCAAGAUCAGACUUGUACAAGGCGAUCUUGAUCGCCCGGCAGAGAUCUUUGAACAAGCACGCGGUCUUACUAAAGAGCCGAUCUGGGGUGUUUUCAGUGUUCAGCUCGCAAUCGGCAACGGAUCGUCAGAAGAACCCCAAGGAAAAUCCCUCAUCGACGAAUCGAUCAAGCACGGCGUCAAGCAUUUCAUCUACAGCUCCGUCGAUCGAGGCGGCGCCAAAUCGUCCGAAAACCCAACUCAAAUCCCGCACUUCAUCCACAAACACAACAUCGAAAAACACCUGCUUGCCAAGUCCCCUGGAAAAAUGGGCUGGACAAUCCUCCGCCCUGUCGCCUUCUACGAAAACCUCACACCAGACUUCUUCGGCAAGAUCUUCGCAACAUCCUACAAUAUGGUCCUGAAGGGGGCCCCGCUGCAGAUGAUCGCCGUCAGCGACAUUGGCGCUGUCGCGGCUGAGGUCUUUAUGAAUGCGGAUGCGUACAAGGGACGCGCUAUCUCGCUGGCUGGUGAUGAGUUGACAUAUCCCCAGUUUAAGGAGAUCUUUGAGAAGAGGACCGGGCAGACGCUGCCUACUACUUUCAGACUGCUUCCUACUCUGUUUAUGGCUCUUGUUAAGGAUAUGGGGUAUAUGUUUCAGUGGUUCCAUGAUGAUGGAUUUGGGGUUGAUAUUGAGGAGGUGAAGAGGAUUCAUCCUGAUGUCAAGGACUUUGAGACUUGGUUGACUACUGAGAGUGAAUUUGUGAAGAAGUAG